CUAGUGGCUGCUUUGUAAUAUGGGUUUGGUUACUUUGGGAAGGGAAAAAAUGAGAACGUGAAGAAGAAAUCAAAGAUGGCGGAAAGUGAUGCCGUAAUGUUAUCGUUCUAAGCUGAUACGGACCUUAAAAUGUUGUUGCCUUGGACAAGAUAUGUCUCCUGUGCUUUGAAAUGUUUCGAAUGCCGACUGGGACCAUCUGGAAGCUGCACUGAGACAAAAGAUUGUCCUUCCAACACUCAGUGUGGAUCAUUCAGACUGACUUCAUAUGCAGGUGGAACCAAGACUGAUGUUAAAGAGAGAGGUUGUGCUGCAGCUGAGGAGUGUGUUCAGGCCUCAGUCAACUAUGGAGUUAUCCAAAAUCUAAUUACCAGCAAGUGUUGCACCUCUGAUCUUUGCAACUCUCAAGAUGCCCCUGAGGGCAGCAUCUGUCCUCCAAAUGGGAAAAAGUGCUUCUAUUGUGAUGGAACCAAUUGCACUAAAACUCUAAACUGCAACGGAAAUGAGGACUACUGCAUCUCAAGAGUGACUGCAGUAGGUCAAGAGGUAACUGCAAAGGGCUGCGCCUCCAAGCAGAUUUGCUCUGCAGAGCUCUCAGCACUUAUUGGAGAAGAAAUCAGCUGUUGCCAGGGUGACCUCUGCAACAGUGGCAGUAGUACAACUGUUGGUCUUCUGCUCUUUGUCACACCGCUGAUCUCUCUGGUCUUGUUCUCUUAGCUGAUGGAAACAACAACAUCACAGCCCAGCUUUUCUUAUGACUGUCACAAUGUUUCCUCCCAUUUCACAAGAGCUUAAAAAAAUAACGGCAUUUUUGUAACUAAACAUAAUUUUUGGUUUGUGGAGAAAAUAAAUGAAAUAAAUGAAUAAACUUCUUAAAAUCCUCUACGUA